UGUCAUGUGGUGUUUUGCAUGGAGGCUUAGCAUUAGCUCUUGGCAGCAAAUUCUGUAGGCUGUUGGAUCCUGAUAAGCCUCCAAAUUUUGGUUGGAGAUGAUGGGCAGUAAGACAAGCACGCUUGCGGCUGGUGUCUGCGGGGCCUUGGUCAUCGGAUAUUGUAUUUAUUUCGACAGAAAACGACGGAGUGAUCCAAACUUCAAGAAAAAACUGCUUGAACGAAGGAAGAAUCAGAAAGUUUCCAAAGCAAAGACUGGACUUGCCAAGCUGCCUGAUUUGAAGGAUGCAGAAGCAGUGCAGAAGUUCUUCCUGGAGGAGAUCCAACUGGGAGAGGAGCUCCUGGCCCAAGGAGAUUAUGAGAAAGGUGUGGAUCACCUGACCAACGCCAUCGCAGUGUGUGGGCAACCUCAGCAGCUUCUGCAGGUUCUGCAGCAGACCCUGCCUCCCCCCGUCUUCCAGAUGCUCCUCACCAAACUCCCCACUAUCAGCCAGCGGAUAGUGAGCGCUCAGAGUUUGGCAGAAGAUGACAUUGAGUGAGAAUUGAAAUGUGAAGUGUGUGUGUGUGUGUGUGUGUGUGUGUGUGUGUGCGUGCGCGCGAGAGAGCGAGAGAAUGUGUGUGUGAGAGUGAGUGAGAGGGAGAGCGAGAGAGAGAGAGAGUGGUGGGACGAAACAAGAUGGCUGCUCUUGACCUUGACCUGCCUCCUGUUCCCACUACUUCUGUGGCACUGGUGGCGGUGUAGGUGGAGCAGUGCUGCGAGACCAAGAGGCCGCUCUCUGAUGCGACCAGAGACAUUGAGAUUUCCAUUUACAUGUAAUCCUGCCUGUCUUUUCAUGUUGUUUGUUUGUUUUGGUCAUACAAUUCUAUUGACUUUGAGAUUUUGGUGAGGAAAUGUAUAUGGCACAUAUGUCUGUUUGUGUGCCUGUGUGUGUGUGUUUUAGUUUUUUCUUUUGUACGCGAAUGGGGUACGCAAAAAUCAAUCACCCUAUAAUAUUGAUGACAUUUGAUUUGAUGACCUUGUCAUAAUCGAAGCAAACACUCUGAAAACUGAAGCCUUGAUAAACUGACACAUGGGAUGCCAUGUCUUAUUUCUUCAUUUCCUACCGUGAUCUUCACAAGGGUAUUCCGUAGCCUGCUGUACCGUCAUAGCAACAAGUGUCAUGCUCAGCACACCAGUUUGAUUGAAUUAGUAUUAAUGUUGCAGUCCUCCUUCGUCCAAAUACAGUGCAUUCUUAGCAAAGACAGUUUUUGGAAUCUACCUAUUGCUUUUGGCCAUAUUGGGUUAAUAUCCUCAACCCAAUUGACAGUAGAAGCUAGGCUACUGACAUAUUGUGAUGCAUUUUAAUCUUAAGACACUGCAGUUAUGUCAACAGUACCAAUAAAACACAUUGGCUUAGGUGAAA